AUAUAACGAUAACAAUAACGAAUAAAAUUCAUUGGAUAYCCUCACUGCUUUACGGUUGCCGUUACGAAAGGACUGAAUGAUUCUUUUUGGUUUUGUGAUGUAAAGGAAAUCCGACUUUCGUUAUAAGGUCGUUAUUCAAGUCGCGGCACGUUAUUUUGUGAUAAAAAUAUCUUUAUGGAGUUUUAGAUUGGGUAACACACUCUAUAAUCUAAUAACAUUUAUACYCAACCAAUUGCCUUCCAUCUAAUAAUUUUCAGUGUCUGAAUACGUGUAGCAAUACACGAUGAUCAAAAUAGCCAAUAAACUAAUGCUGGCAAAACGGGUAAUUGAGAAAUGGAGAGUAGAAAAAAAAAAUACAAAAAAGGCUUAAAUUUUAGAAUUAUUUUUAAUCACACAGUAAGCUACGUGUAAAAUUGUCUUGCCUGAUGGACUAGAAUACCGAAGACGUCGUGGGUUUGAGUCCCGCCAAGGGCUUAUGAUAUUUUUCUCUUACGAGACGAACUGAUCGAUAAAAACAUACGAUCUAAGAAGUAUACAAGAUGUAAUACUAUGGACUUUAGAGAGCUCACUUUAUAUAUUUCAUAAAUAUUGGCAUUCAUGACUUAUUUUGGUAUAGGAAUCGAAGUUCAUUGAUAUUUUGAGUACUUUGUACUUCAGUUUGUAAAUCUUUUGUGAAAAUGUUCUUUAAAAGGCAAUAAUAAUAUUAUUAAUUGUGACCGGAAAUAAAUCAUAAUAUAAGACUGUCACACACUCAUAUGGGUGGAGUAAUAAUGAAAAGGUAUUUAAAUGAUCGCAUCCUUGGCCAUUACAUCAAACAUCGCCUCCAACAAACGAUUCGGAAACGAAUACAGUACAGAGAAGUUGGUUUUAUCACAGCGAAUUGAAGAUGACGUAUACAGUGUUUUUCUAUCUUCAAGUAAUUUUGAUUUCGAGUAACAUGUGUAAUCUCGUAGCCAUGUCGCCACCGAACUUGGACUGUCCACUACCUGAGGUGGGAAGCCAUGGCGACAUUAYAUCAGUGCAGAUUGUCGUUAAAGAACGUMAAAAGGGAAUGAGUAACAUGUACACCUACGGCGKUAAACUGAAGGAGGAAACUACCCAUACGUUGUACAACAACGGGUCUAUUUAUMUCCUCCGAGACGGCGUCAAGGCUGCUUUUAAYGGGCGGCAAAUAUGUAUUUCGGCGAAGGUGGUGUCUAUUUUGGACCAAAGUGGCUCAAACGAAACRAUACUUCAGAAAUGUGAGCACAAAUGCUUUGGGAUUAAUGAAACUGUUGYGCAAGYGACAAAGGUGCAAGAAGGAGGARUCUUAAUGGCGAAAAGAAUUCGAGGACUUUGCUGCGUAUGGAGCUCGGAAACCUGGCUUGAGAUUUCUCCCCAGAAGCCAAGCUACAAGUGUUUAAGUUGCUCAAGUGAGGAAUGUGUAAAAAACUCGACAAAAGUCAUUCAAUGUGCACCUGGUAUCGGCUGUUAUACCAUGGUCUUCACGAUGAAACUUGCCAACAAGACRACCACCUAUCAAAUGAAAGGCUGCUCUAACCAUAGGAUUCUAAGAGGGAGAAGCUGCUGGAACGGUUGUCGAAAAAUCGUCGUGAAUUACAACAUGUGCAUUGAGUGCUGCUAUGGAAACCUCUGUAAUUCGGGCAAGAAAGAAAAUUCUACAGAGAUACCUACUAAUGUACCAAAGAAAAUGUGGAGAGCUGGUGGAGGAAGUAAUGGGAUCCAUAGCUCUUGYUCYUCACUUCUCAUGGCGUUUUUUCUWUUAUUUGCCUUGUGGACAUGAUGGACGUGUCGUUGAGCGAGAUACGCUUUCCGCUGAAGCUAAUUUCGUACAUCUAGCGCUGUGGAUAGACAACUUAAUUGGUAUCCUAGGCGUCUAAUGCCGGGCAAGGAGAGUCUUACUGAACUAAUGCAAAUACGAUGGAAUAUGAUGAUAUUCUUCAAAAGAUCWAGCUUGGUUCAAAAAGUAACUUUUUGGCGUGUGAAUGCAUAGCGAAACAUCAACCAGUGGACAACGCCUUUCGCAAGUUCCGAUUCUGAUGUACCAGUGAAAGCGCUAGUAAAUGACUUCAGAAGUCCAUUGUUUCCUUUCUCGAUCGUGCAGCUAUAACAAUAUAUAUAUUUGUACUUGGGAUYCAUGAGAAAUGAUUCUUGGUCAAGUCUGGAACAACCUCUAAAUCUAGGACCAAUUUCAUUUGUUCAAUUAGUUUUGUGGUUUAGGGAAAGCGUCACAAUAUUUAGAUUUGAUUCCGGAUUUAUUAUUAUUACUAUUGGCUUGCCGUUGAUGACUCAGCCGUCAACGGAGAGAAAAAAGGCAAAAGCCAGUUAUUCUAUGGUAUGUGCUUCUUCACCACCAUUGGCCAUAAAKGCGUUUACAUAUAUUAUGUAAUUUUUACCUAGUGAACUAUCUGCGAAAUAUUUAUUGAUUACCCUGCGAGCAGAGGUGUUUAUUGAUAUUCUUCUUGUAUAAAGAUGAAAUGUGAAAUCAUUCAGCAAGGGUUUUAUUAUUGUACCAUUUCCUGAACUGCUUGAUCGAAGGAAGAUAUUUGAUUACAUGUUGCAUUUUUCACAUUUAUAAYCAUUGUAAAAUAUUGUACAAACUUUAAAGGAUAAAAACGUGUAAAAUUUCUUUCACAAUUAGGUUACUAAAUAUAGGCAAAUAUAAAGAAGCAGAAAUAAAUGAUUUUAAUAGCAUUCAAAGUAAUUCACGAGUUAAAAAAGAUGCGUUUGUUCAUCAAGAAGAAAAGACUGCGAUGCCGAGUCGAUGUGUUUUUUCCAGAGCAACAGACAAGGAAGUCUUCUGUUCAAAUUUCUUACAUAUAUUUUUGCAAGCCUACGUGUUCAAACCUGUAGAAUUUUAACCAAAAUCGAACUACAUACAAAAGAAACCCGAGAUGUUAGCUUUCUGACCACGUGGUCACUUAAUGUCAAUAUUAGGACAGGAUAAUCCAUACAAGGAUCGUUGGUUAUCCAUUAACCAUCAAGUUGACUCGAACGCGGGAUAACGCUGAAAAACACUAAACAUAUCUCUAGUUUCCUGCCGUUUUCACCAUGAAUACUUUCGUGGUGUUKAUGAUAUUUUGUAUGUCGCUUUUUGGUGAUGUAAAGAGUGUAUCCGAUGAGGCAUUUGACUGCUAUAUGUGUUCUGGAGACGGCUGUAAGCAGAAUCCACCAGUCGACAGUUGYCCGAGUGGACACCAGUGUUACAAGAUGGAGGUUCGAAGAGACACUGAUGUCGACAGUCCUUUCAUCAUCAAGGGAUGUACAAACGAUCAGACAUUCUGGAAGAGAACUUGUUACGAUGACUGCAAGGARAACCAACCUUUUGGUGUGGAAAAUUCCAGGAUUUGCAUCUACUGUUGUGAUGAUUAUCUCUGCAACUCUUCCAUCAAAACAAACCCAGGCGUCUAUGGAAUUUUCUUGGCUUUUACUAUCUUUAUCGCCAUCAUACUCCUAUAAAUAUAAUCUUUUCAACUCAAACAAACAAAUUCAGGAUAAGGAACUUUAUUGGAAAAGACAUGAACGUAAAGUAUUGGGAGUAGUUUAUGGUAUCGUAACUCCACCACGCUAUGAAACAGAAUCCUGCUUUCACCGUUGUAACCGUCACGAACGCGUUUCAGUUGUUUGUAUGGUAACGCUUGUUUCUAGCARUUAUCCCGAUAUGAAGCCAAACUAAACAUAUUCGCUUGCCUUUGGAUUUUGUUCUCGCUUUCUCAGUCUCUUUAUUUGUGUAGUAAGCUUUUUUAAACUAUGCAUUCUGUAGUUUAGAAGAUUUUAUCGGCAAGCCAUGUAAUCUGAUGCUUAUAGAAAGAUUCUUGAAAUGUUUUCUAACGCAAUUGUCGAGUGCCCAGAAAAUUUAUACUUUUAGAUCAUUGUAUGACUCAUUGGUUAUGAUUCCGGUUAUGACUACAAUAUAAGCCAUUCCGAAAUUGAGGAGAAAACUGGGUUGACCUGAAAUUGCAGUGCAUUUUGGGGAUGUUUUAGGGCCCAGUCUAUUAGGGACGAAAUACUAAUACGCCAUCUUUGAAAUAUGCUUCCAAAAUGCACUUUAAUGCCAUCUCGACCCAGUUUUUCUCUGGCUAAUAAAUCACUUCCUUCGUCAAAUCUAUCGACAUCUUCCUUUAUUAUUACUUCUUCAAUUAUAUUGCAAAAUUGUUGUGUAACUUCAGAACCGUGUAAUAAGUAACCAUUCACUUGCUAUGRUGUUAUAUAUGUCCUAGCUGUCAAGCCUGCACAAGUAACCCAAACUUUUAUAAGUUUUAAUAAAUUAUAAUUAAUUAACAA